AUGUCUACUGGUACCGGUACAGAGACAGGUAGAGUUGAAGCACCAAGAGGCCGUUCCCGGUUCUCCAAAGUCCUCCCAAACGCUCCUACAAGACCAGCGGUGCCCCCCAAGAGCAUCUUCCGAACCAUAUCAUCUCCUGGUCCUACGCUCCCGCCCAAAGACGACUACGACUCGAUGUCGACAGCCAUGAUGAUUCCACGACGAGCCGUAGGCAGUACUGAGAGCAUUCCCCAAGUGAAGCCCGUUGCAAAAGUCGAGAGCAUCUCGCAGUGUAGACAUCGGGCCCGGUCCACUUCCAUCUCGUCGGCUUAUUUUUCAGACUCGCCAUCCCUAUCCAACGGCUCGGAUAGCAGCAGAGACAUUCACAGUGACGACGAACCACAGUCACCCAGUGAUUCAGAAAGCGGUCCACCACCGCCGCCCAAAGACAGGCAACGAGAGCCCAGAACGCCGCCCAGCUCAUCACCUCAAAACAUCCACCACAUUCUGGCCCAACCCACAUCCGGCUUCACCAAGUCGCCUGUGGCCAUUGAUCUCUGGCGUCGUCGGUCGGCGAGAAGUGAGAGGAGUAUCUACUUUUCCGAGUUGCGGUUGGAAAGAAGCAACGGCUCCACUGCCAGGCACUCCAGGCACUCCAGCCCACCACAGCAACACGCGCAAAGGCAGGAGCAACCACGAACGCAACCACCACCAAAGCCCGAGGCAAGAUCCUUGCCCGCGCUACCCAAAAGUUCCGCAGGACAACAGCGAAAGCCAGUUCCUAUCCGUCCAGCUCCAGCGCCAGCGCCAGCGCAACCCGACUUGGACUUGAUGGGAAACAAACUCACGAAGCUGAAGGAGAAGCAUUCGAAAUCGAAGCUCAAUGACUUCGGCAAUGAGGAUCCAAUGAUUCGACAAAAUGGCAAUGGCACCACAACACAGAACCAGGAUCCCACGAAAUCAGCCCCUACUCCAACCUUUGAUUUUCAACUUCGCAAAGAGAACGUAAGGAGUGAGAGCUCGCCUUCUCUACCUUCAGAAUACUCAACUCCACCACCCGAAGUCCCCGCCAAGUCACAGUCAAGACCGACGACCAGAGGCACCAAUGGCACCACCACGCUUCUUCCCAGUCUCUCGGUCGCUACCUCUGAAGAGCCCAUCGAUUUCCUCUCUGCCACCUCCCAUUCACGAGGUACCUCCGAGACUCUCACCAUCAGCUCCGAGCCAACCAUCAUGCAAUCACCACAACCCCACAAGCCUAAUGAUACCGCUAGAAUCCUAACUCCAGAAGUCUCACCAAGGCCCAGUUCCUCCCUAGCAACCUCACCACUCGCUCUCUCCUCGCCCACCAAGAAAAUCCACUUUCCAACCUUUCCAGCUCCCGUCGCAAAACCCGGGACCGUCUUUCCAGGGCCUCCGAUUAGCAACGUCCAGCUGGAAUGCUACCAAAACCACCGCUUCAUGCGGUCCACUCGAAACACGCUCUGUCCCGUAGCAUGUAUGGUCUGCCAGCGUCGCGAUGCGGAACAGAGGUGGAAAUGCUCUUGGUGUUGUCUCAGUACUUGCGGCUCCUGCAUGCAAGUCCUCGCUGCAGUACCAGGGAAAGACUUGAAAACAUGCUUAGAAAAGGUUUCGAGGCAGAACCAAGUUGCUAUUGGCAUUGCUUCUUGA